CUGACAGGUGAGAAGGUGUCGCCUUACGUCACGGUAUUUAUGCUCUCGCUUCUGAUGACACGAGGCCACUUUGUUCUUACGGCGCUGAAAGCUUUCCUUUGAAGUCAUGAGUCAGUUCCGGAUAAUAUCAUCUCUCUUAAGAGGCGGAUGGGUUGAAAGGAAUAGAUGGAUGCAAAUAUGUAAAGCACAAUCCAAAAUGAUGCUUAAUCGGAGGAGAAGGUGGAUCUCUGGCGCUAAUCCUGGGCCAACUGUGACCAGUAGCCCCAGUUACAUGGAGGAGAUGUACUUAUCCUGGCUGAAGGAUCCUAAAAAUGUCCAUGAGUCCUGGGAUGCUUUUUUCCGCCAUCUCCAGGCCACCAGUCCGUCUGUGGAGGCAGGCGGGAGACGCCCCUCUGCUCUGCUGCAGGGCCGAGCACUGUCCCACUCACCAGAAGCGGCACAGAAAGUGGUAGAGGACCACCUGGCAGUGCACACGCUCAUUAGAGCCUACCAGAUUCGUGGUCAUCAUAUUGCUCGUUUGGACCCUCUUGGAAUCAUGGAAUCGAACCUGGUUCCCUCAGACCUGAUCACCAGUAUUGAUAAAUUAGGUCUUUAUGGGCUCGAUGAAGGAGACUUGGAGAGAAGCUUUCAACUCCCAGCUACAUCAUUCAUUGGUGGAGGGGAGACCACUCUACCGCUCCGAGAGGUCAUUCGCAGGCUGGAGACAGCCUAUUGUGGACACAUAGGUGUCGAGUUCAUGUUCAUCAACAACGUGGAGCAGUGUCAGUGGAUUCGGCAAAAAUUUGAGAGCCCCGGAAUCAUGCAGUUUACAAACGCUGAGAAGAGAACUCUGCUCGCCCGUCUGAUCCGAUCUACACGGUUUGAAGAUUUCCUGGCUCGGAAGUGGUCAUCGGAAAAACGUUUUGGCCUGGAAGGCUGUGAGGUUCUCAUCCCAGCUUUAAAAACCAUCAUCGACACCUCGAGUGCAGCUGGCAUAGACAGCGUCAUAAUGGGAAUGCCGCAUCGGGGUCGCCUUAACGUUUUGGCUAAUGUGAUUCGUAAGGAUCUGGACCAGAUCUUCUGCCAGUUUGACCCCAAACUAGAGGCGGCUGAUGAGGGUUCCGGGGAUGUCAAAUACCAUCUUGGUAUGUACCAUGAAAGAAUAAACCGUGAGACAAAUAAGAACGUCACCCUAUCACUCAUGGCAAACCCGUCCCACCUGGAGGCGGUGGAUCCUGUGGUCCAGGGAAAGACUAAAGCUGAGCAGUUCUAUAGAGGAGACUCACGUGGAAUGAAGGUGAUGUCCAUUUUGAUGCACGGUGAUGCCGCUUUUGUGGGUCAAGGAGUUGUUUAUGAAACUUUCCACCUCAGCGAACUCCCUUCUUACACCACUCAUGGCACGAUCCAUGUGGUGGUCAACAAUCAGAUUGGCUUCACCACAGAUCCACGAGUGGCCCGCUCGUCUCAUCAUCCAACUGAUGUGGCUCGAGUUGUAAACGCACCCAUCUUUCAUGUGAAUGCAGACGACCCUGAGGCUGUCAUCUAUGUGUGUCGUGUGGCUGCAGAGUGGAGGUCCACCUUCAACAAGGAUGUGGUCAUCGACUUGGUUUGCUACAGAAGGUUUGGCCACAAUGAAAUGGACGAACCCAUGUUUACUCAGCCACUCAUGUAUAAACGGGUCUGUCAGCAGGAGCACAUCUUGAAAAAAUACUCUGACAUGCUGAUUGCGGAGGGAGUGGUGACACUUCAGGAGUUUGAGGAAGAAGUGGCCAAAUAUGACAAAAUAUGUGAGGAAGCAUACACCAGCUCCAAGGAUGAGAAGAUCUUACACAUCAGACACUGGCUUGACUCUCCAUGGGCAGAUUUCUUUACAGCCGAGGGCGAGCCCAAAAGCCUGAGCUGUCCCCCGACAGGCUUAGAUGAGGAGAUUCUGCAGCAUAUUGGCGAGAGAGCCAGUGAUGUUCCUCUUGAAGACUUUAAAAUACAUCCUGGUGUUUCACGUAUUCUGAAAGGCCGAGCCGACUUGGUGAAGAAGCGUCAGAUGGACUGGGCUCUGGGAGAGUACAUGGCUUUUGGCUCACUCUUAAAUGAAGGGAUGCAUGUUCGACUCAGUGGGCAAGAUGUAGAAAGAGGCACUUUUAGCCACCGACAUCAUGUUCUGCAUGAUCAGAGGGUAGACAAACGUACCUGUGUACCCAUGAACCACCUUUGGGACCACCAGGCUCUUUACACCGUAUGCAACAGCUCUUUAUCAGAAUAUGGAGUUCUUGGUUUUGAGCUGGGGUUUGCUAUGGCCAGUCCGAACGCUCUGGUUCUCUGGGAAGCCCAGUUUGGUGACUUCCACAACACUGCCCAGUGUAUCAUCGACCAGUUCAUCAGCUCGGGUCAGGCCAAGUGGGUUCGUAACAACGGCAUCGUCCUGCUCUUGCCACAUGGGAUGGAAGGAAUGGGUCCCGAACAUUCAUCAGCUCGGCCCGAGCGCUUCCUGCAGAUGAGCAAUGAUGACCCGGAUCACUUCCCGGAAUGCAGCGGAGACUUCGAAGUCCGGCAGCUGCUUGAGUGUAACUGGAUUGUGGUGAACUGCUCCACGCCUGCCAACUACUGUCAUGUGCUCAGACGACAGAUUCUGCUGCCGUUCAGGAAGCCACUGAUUAUUUUCACUCCCAAGUCUCUGCUGAGGCACCCAGAUGCGAGGUCCAGUUUUGAUGAUCUGACUGAAGGCACAAGAUUUAAGAGGCUGAUACCAGACAGUAGAACUCAAGAUCAUAGUCAUGUGAAAAGAAUAAUUUUCUGCACCGGAAAAGUUUACUACGAACUGGCCAAAGAGCGGAAACAGCGGAAUCUGGACGAAGACGUCGCGCUCAUCAGACUUGAACAGAUCUCUCCAUUCCCAUUUGACCUGGUUCGAGAGCAAGUUGAGAAAUACACUAACGCAGAGCUGGUGUGGUGUCAGGAGGAACACAAGAACAUGGGCUACUACGACUAUGUUAGGCCACGCUUUCUCACCCUGGUGGACAACAAGAAACCUGUUUGGUAUGUCGGAAGAGGUCCGGCUGCUGCUCCAGCGACAGGAAACAAAUCAACACACCUCAAUGAGCUCAAGAAAUUUAUUGACACAGCUUUUAAUCUGAGGGUGUUCCACUGACUUAUGAAACCGGGAUGGGGCAGUUCAGUUUUUGGGCAGUUUUUUUGUCUUCUUGAAGACCAUGUUGUUACGAUGACUUCCUAAUCUUAAGCAGAUAGGUCUCAAUUUGAGACGUCUCCCUUAGCAAAAACUUUUAUACUUGAAGUUCAUUUAAUUGAGUAUACUUGCUCUAUAAGUGUACUCCAAACCAUAUACUUGUAGUGUUCUAGAAAUUAUACAAAUUUUAUACUUCUUUGGACUAAAUUGGAAUAUUUUGAGUCUAAUAAUGUAUACUUUCAGGUAUACUUACAGGUAUACAAGAAUUACACUACUAGUGUACUCUGUAUAUACACAUUUAUAAUAAUCAACGUGUAUUUAAAGUCGCCACUUUUUAUAGUCAAAAACUCUGUUGAACGCGUACAUUAUCCCAUUGAGUACACAUUUACCUCUCAGGUGUGUACAGUUGGCCAUACUUAUACUUAUCAUCCUAUUACAUCUGCAACUAAUGACUAAAGAUGACAGUAUAUACCGCCUAUGUUGACAGCAGAGGGUUGCACACUCCCAUGAUCCUUUGCACAGUUUUCUUCGGGAUCGCCUCAGUAAUAUACUUGAAAAAAGCAGUAUAUGAGUAUAGGUACAAGUAUACUUCAGUGUGCUACUUAUGUAGUAUUUCAAAUGUAGUAUCUCAGUAGUAAACUUAUAAUUAUGCAUAGGUUUAAUUUAAAACUUUUUCUAUUUUUUUUUAUUUCCCCAUAUUUUUGUAUGAAAUAACUUAGAGCUAUUUCCUCAUAUUUUAGUAUAAAAUAACAAUUCUCAUACAUUUGAAUAAACGUCUUUUUGAUAAGGGUGACAUCUGAAAAGUCACUGUGGGUAGAUGAAAUAGUGCUGUUAGCGUCAUCUGCUGCUGACCUUUAACGAUCAGUGGACUGCAGCUAAAUAACAGAAGGUGACGUCGCUAUUGUCGAGGGGUGAAGUCAUGCAUCAGAGAGCUGCUACUUUGCUUCUGUCUCAUGGGGAUGUCAUGAGAGGGAUGUCGUCUUCCACGACCAUCAUUAAUCAGUUGAAUUGAAUGUGCUAUGUAGUAAUGACUGUUUAAGAUGCACGUUUCAUUUUCAGGAUUUUAAAGUGAGGGCUGUGAAAGAAAUGUCCAAAUGGAGAAUAUAAAACUGAGAGGUGGCACAACUGCUCCUGAGCACUUCAGUAGGUUUUGGUUUGGAGUUCCUCUCUGCCGGUGAAUGAGUCAGUGUUUACUGUCACACUUCACUAAAUCAGAUGACGUGAGCCAGCUGGCACAGAGACUCCCGCCGCCGUUCAUAUUUUGGGCAUAAGGCGCCGAUUCGUCUUUGGAGAUUGAGAACAACACUUGGACACGGCAAAGCUUUGGAUUCAUCCCGGGGAAUGUUGAAGCUUCUUUGUAAUGAAUUCCCUCGACGAUUGAGUAAUCUUUUAAGAAAUGCUGUCAGUAGUCUCCCCUCCUUCUCCCCACUUUAUGUCUUACCUUUUGCACUUGCAUCCCGGCGAUUGAAAGAGAAUUCAAAUACAGUUUUAAUAAAACUGAAUAAUAUGAAUAUGGAGCAGAUUGACUUAUGAAUUUCAGCAUUAGGUGAUAAUGUUGAGCUGAGCUUUGUUGUGCAUGAAUUGGAUUUUAAAUAUACAGCAAUGGACUGAGCUUUGAACACGCGGGGUAUAAACGUUUCUGUUGUGCAUAGAAAGUUCAACUGGGCUCAAAUUUGUAGUUUUUUUCAGUGUCAGGUAGUUCUUCUGUGCAGACAUCUUGAGCAAAAAACCUUCAAGCAUAAUAUAUAUUGUGAAAUGUCCACAAGGUAUCUUGAUGUUUUUUUGGAAUCCUCCAUGUACAGUACUUUUUGUUAUGCCAACUCUUCACAAGGUUCAAAACAAACCUUUUUAAUUGUGAGCAAAUUUAUGCAAGAGCAGAGUGAAGAACAAGAAGAAAAAAAGACUUCUGAGAUUUAAGUGAGAACUAUGAGAUUAAAUAAUAAUAAUAAUAAUUCAGAAUUAUGAGAUGAAAGUGAGUUUUGAGAUUAAAUUAAGAAUUACCGUAUAAUAGUCAGACUUUAAAGUGUGGCCACCUUUUUUUAUUGGCCCUAACCCUCUUCCCUCCUACGAACCGGAGAGAGAGAGUUAACUUGAAAAUAGUUAAGUUGUUUAAAUUUAGCUUUUGGUCCACUCCAUAUGUGGACUGGUUCAUUGGACUGGACAUGGACUCCGUUGUAUAAAAGUCAACUAUACAAAUGUGUUAGUUAUCACAAACAAAUUCAGAUACAGAUACCAAUUCAGUUGCUAAGUUUUAAUUUGUUUAAAAUAAUGCUUAUCACGGUUCUCAAUGUAUUCAAGAUUUUCUUUAUCAUAAAAAGUUAAAGAAGAAGCCAUAUAAGCACAAUAAUGAUGUUUUCAUUUGUACUACAUCCUUUAAUUUGAAGUUUUGUAUGCUUGGCACUUGAUGUCUUUGUUUUGAAGUACAGUAUUUCCAACACCUGUGAUGACAUCUUUGUUUAGUGUUUUCCAGCAGAUCAGAGGAGACAAUAGUGGAAUAGACAGAAGCCCAAGCCGAGUGAUAACUGCUCCAUUGUGGGUGCAAAUGAGAGUCUGCUAAAUUUGCCAGAUUAUUUGAGCUGCGGAGCGACGUCUUCAACCUGCCAACUCGCAAGUGAUAAGUUAAGUGAUGAUUUAAAUCUAUACAUAUAAAUAAGAAAUAUGUCUAACAUAUUAAUAGCACUUUUACAUGCCACUCAUGUUAUCAAUGACCAUGGUACUAUAUCGUGAAUGUGAAAUGAAUUACUUCUGUCUUCCAUUAAUAUGAAAGCAAAAAUGUCAAAAAAUGUUGUCCUUAUAUUCAUAUUUAUUACACCUUUCAGAUUAUUUUUUUCACAUUGAAAACACCUCUCUUAUGAUAUACAUUCACGCUUAGCUGUAUGAUGCAAAAAUAAAAAACAAAUACUCUGCAUAAUCAUUUACAAAUACAUGUCAUUUAUGAAAUUUAAAUCAAAUAAAUAUGUUUCUCUUUACUCAUUCUACUAGUGUGUGCAAUGAUAGUCGACAGAAAUACACUUUGGGAACAGAUGAUUCAGGAAGAGGUGGGUUUAAGACGUCGCAUCAUCUAUCUCUGAUAGCAGCGUGCAAUUUACAUGUUGACACAUCACGAGAGUAUCUGUCACUCAUCAUCAUAGUCACAUGACACCUACUUUACCCUGGUUGACAGGCACACGGGUAACAAGUGUGUGUCUGUCACUGGAAGCAAACGAGAACACACUGACCACGGCCAGAUAAACAAAUCAAAGCCUGAUACAUUUCUAUUUGGUGCAAAAUAACAAUGACUUCUACAGUACAGUACAGUUUGCUCUUCUGGUGACACAGGUGACACGGUUGUAUCUCCCUGAAGCACCUGAAAAUUAGAAAACACUACAAUAACACGUCAAAUUACCGUCUGGUUCAUUUUAGGGCCCUCUGCAGGUGAAUAAGCAAAAAAACACACAAAAACAUUGAUACACACUGGUUGUUACACGACACUUCAGUUAUCAGGUGACGUAGGUGGCUUUGGUUUUAAUAUAGAUUUUAAAACAUCCACAAGAAUUAAUCUGGCAUCUAACCUAGUAAUGACGCAUAAUUUUGUCUUGCUCAUGUUGAAUGUAGCUUAAUAGAUGCGUCCAUUGUUGCAUAGCUUAGUUAGGAUUUCUUCCACAGCUUCUUUCCUAUCAUUUAAACUUUGAUCCCAUAAUAAGGUUUUCAUUUUGUCACUCAUCACUACUUCUCUUCUUAUUUCUCACUGUUCCCUGAAAUUGAACUAUUUAAUUUUCAUAAUCCAUCUCAUCAUACUCUGCAGUGAAACUGUUCCUUGGGAUUUUAUUUCUGCUCCAUCCACUUCAGGUUCUUACCAGACUUUGAAAAACAUUCCUACUCCUAUAUUUCAUUUCCGUUUUUCCAUGCUUGGAUGCCUCCCUUUGUCAAGUUUGUUUGUGUGUGAGCUUCCACUUGAGUCUGGUCUGGAGUCCUCAUCAGGACUUGUGGCGGCGUCUGCAGGUUCUUGGUGGGAUUAGACGGCUGUGCUUUGCUCUGCCACUUCCUGCCCGUUUGUGUGUGGCUCUCCAGCGUCUGAGCUGGUCUCUGCUUGGCUGGACUGGAGAUGGUGUUGUAUUUAUCACAUAAAUCCCUCAUAUCCCUCAGCCCCUGCACCAGACACUUGACAAACUCGGCUGAACAUGUCUCCGGACUCUCGCGGAAGCUCGACACGCAGAAGAUAAUGUGGUCUGCCUGGGGGUUGUAGCACGCUCCGUAUCCAUUCGGCACCACAGGUCCGUAACAGCAGAACAUCUCGACUGUAGUGGGGACCUGCGAGAGUCGUGAGAUGCUCCAUCAGGCUGUUGAGAUUAGCACGCAACAGAUUCAUACCUGGCUUGUGGAGAGGAUGAACUGAUUACUGAUCCGAUAGGCUUCGUCUGCAAACAUCUCUGGCUUCUCCAUCUUGAGCUCUGCAGCAAGUUCACGCAAUCCCAGUAGAUGAUUAUCAAUCGCCAUCCCGGUGAUGGCCUGAAAUGAAGUGAAUCAUUUCGGUGCUCUAUUGAGUUUGCUCAACCACAGAUGCUUGCUGGUUUGAUGGCACUCGUAUUAGACGUGAAAACAAAAUCUCAUCUUGGUGAAGGGAAAGAUUCACACACGCUUCUGCACACAACUCAAUUUUGUUAAAGGUUCAGUUCGUAUGAUGUCAUCAAAACCACAUCAUUGGAAAUGACAGUAAUAGUGGGGUCUCUCACCAGAAUAGUGUACUUGGUUUGAGCUGUGAUGGCGCCUUUUAGCUUCUCCAUCUUCUCUGUGCCCUGUUAAGUCACAGUCUACAUUUACACAAAUGAAAACUGCAAACUCUGUUUAAGAUCACUUGACACCGUACACAUGCUCCUAAUUUCUCGCCACUCAUCGCUCUGACAAAGUCCAAGGCUUCUGGUGUGGCAGACCGGAUGUUGUCCACUCUGCCUUGCUUAAAUCUUCUGAUAGAGGCGCUCUCGUAGGUGGAAACUGGCCUCCCAUGACAUCUAGAGGGACGAAGGUGGAAUGGUUUUUCUGCUAGUGCAGUUGGUUGCACCGCAGCUUUCUUCUUACCUGUAGUAAGCCAGCUGAAGAGCCACCUGCAUGUAGGCAUCUGGACUCAUCUUCUGCUUCUUGAUGAACUCCUUGCCAUAGUCGCAGAACUUAUAGACGUUCAUGUCCAGAUUCUUAACCAGCCUGGCCAGAGAGGGCAAAAGCUCAUGGGCAUUUUGAUUCCACAAGUUGAAUGUUGACCCCAUUAUACUAUAUUAUUCUAAGUAUUUCUAAGUCAUACCUCUGAAGUUUUUCAGCUGAGGAGUUGAGAAGUUUGUGAAUUUCUGGUGUGCACUUCCAGCGAAGUCUCCUCGGUGCUGGGAGUUCACUCACACUUGCUGCCCUGACCAGCUUCGACGGGCUGCCAAUCCUAGGAUGCAGAAUAAACCUAUGUGACAGGUGUCUUCAGCAAUUCAUGUAUUUCCAGUGUUAUGCUCUUACAUGUAUUUGAGCAGAUACUCUGUACACUGCACCAGGACGAUUCCUUCGAACGGCGAAUGUUCACAAACGACUCCGCAGCAGCCACCUGCUCCUACGACUAACUGACACAGUCACGCUAUUUUCAGAGGGAAAGUCUAGAUCACAUACUGUGCUAAAACACAAGGCUGAGUUCAAUCCCGGCUUCUGGAAAAGUAUCUGUAUUUAUGUAUCAAUAAGCAUGGAAUCAUUUGAGCUGCUAGAAAUGUCUUUCUUUCCUGCGUGAAUACUGCCAGUCUUAAUCUUAAGGAUAAUUUUCAGCACAUUAAGUUCUUAAUGUACCAGAUGUAUUUGCGCGACCAUAUGGCUGCAGGCACAACAACAUCCCCAAAUGUUCCCCUUCACAAAGUUGGUCUAGUUUAUCUGGAUACAGUAUAGACAGUUCAGAUCACUAUUCCUAUUGUGUUUGUCUCUUAAGACCAGCACCAGAUUGGCCCCCUCACCUGCAUGGGCUUGUCGUACCAGCGGUUACCCCCAUUUUUGGCAACUCCACCUCCAUGCAGCAUCAUCGUAGCCCGCGUGGUCUCGCUAAGCUCCGCCCCACAGGAGUCAUCCAGACACACCAAACACAGACAACGCUCGAUCAUGUCCAAGGAGUCCCUGUUGGUCGACUCUGAGGCAGGAAAUAAGAAAACAAUCAAUGGAAUAUGAACCGCUAGACCCCAUCAUUCGAGCUCACCUCUCAUAAGCACGCUGCGCGACACGGCCCACUCUGUCCGGCCGUCUGAGGUGAGGAGGCCGACAGGUGGCUGCUUUUCCUCGUCGCCGUCUGCCAUCUUGGUGAUUCUCUGAAGCUGAGUCAGCAGGUCUCUUUCGUUGAGUCGCCGAAAGUUGAUUACCACAUCCAGCACGAAAAACUGCCCAUCAAACACAAGUUGAUUGAAUAGAUGGUCUCAUUUUCUCUUUAAAUUUGUUAACAUUGUGAACAAGAGUACAACUAAAAGCAAAUUUUAGCAUUUUGUUCGCAUGAUUUUGUUUUACUUUUAUUUAUUUUUGCUUAAAAAGGCAAUCUAAUGUAAUCUAAUAUAAUAUAAUAUAAUAUAACUGUCGACGGUUUCAUCUGAACAGCAAACAUACUCCAGCUAAUUAACUUAACGGAGAGCUGGUGUCAAUUUUCCACUGGUGUUAAUUACUCAAGUUAAUAUCUUAUUGCCGUGCGUGACACACAGGAGUGAUGAUCUAUUCGUCCGUAAUAGCAGCCCCAUAUGUAUCACUGCAGAUCAAGUUGAUAUUGUUGACGUGCCAUUAGCUUGUCUGACUUCAUCCAUCCCUGUUUGGCUCAUUAGAUGGACAUGAACACUGUUACUCCGUCAGAAUAAUACACUAAAACAGGAGAGUUCACCACUGAUCUGAGUCACAUGAGAUCAUUUAUGAAAAUUCACUCUCACGGUGAACUAUACAGACAUUCCCGUUUAUGAUGAAGCUGACUUCGUCACAUGACUGAUAAGACUCUGCAUUGUUCUGUCAGCGUGUCUGACCUGGUUUCGACAAGCGACGAUGAUGUGUUCUGGUUCUGGCAUCACGCUACUCUCUUGGGCCACAAGCGUGUCUCUCUGGUGUCCUGGGAGUCGGUAGGACGUGAAGAGGCGGUAGUACUGCUCCAUGCAGAGGGGAGUUCCUGCCAGCUGACCCCGAGCGUAGUCCACUGGCAGCGCAUGUCUACCGAGACACAAAGAUGUAGUUUAAUUUUUAGUCUGUUGAGUAUGACGCAGGAAGACCCAGUGAUAUGACAUGAGUUAGUCUCUUUCAUUGUCUACCUGCAGGACAUUUGGAACCUGAAAAAUACUUGCUCUACUUUGAGUAUCUGAGAGAUGACUUAGCUCCAUAAGCCUAGCUCAGACUUGAAAAUAUUUGCUCUACCCCCAGGGGCCAGCAAUUAAAUUCCCUGAGGGGCCACAUUCACACCAGAAGACAGAAGGACGCUUUUUUUUUUUUGUGAGUAAAGCAUUACCAAACAAGGUAAAAUUAAAAGGAUUUAAUGAUAUAUACUUUAGCUUACAUACAUUUAAUCGUCAAUACAGAUCAUGCAGAAUUGUGGUUGAAGCAUAUAAGAUAUGAAGCCUUUUUAUUCCUAUUUAUUGUAUGUAUUCUAUGUAUAUUAUAUUUUAGGUACUGUUCAUUUGUUAGUACUUUUAUUAAUUUACUCUUAUUAAUUUAAUAUUUCAACAUAAUAGUAAGUAGAUCUGAGGGAAGCAAAAAUACACUCAUGAGUUAUUUUAGGUCUAUAGAAGACCUAAAAAUAACAAUGAGCAAUUUUUGCUCAGACCUCAUGAGGACUGGUAAUAAAGGCAAGGGGCUGCUAGUGGCCCCCGGGCCGUACUUUGCCCAGGUCUUCCCAAACCUAAUUAAUCUGACCUAUUGCUGGGAAUAGAUUUCACAAACACAACUGACUUGAUCAUUAACUACCCACCCAUUAGUAAUACUGUAUACUGUGCAUUUAGCGGUCAUCAGUUAUUGAUGAUCAUAAGUGCAGUGUGAAUGUGUACUACAAUGUAAUAGUUCAUAAUUGAAACCAAUAAAUAGGGUAACUACAGUGGAGGCAUAAUACAUGAAUGUAUGGAUUUAAAAUUCAUUCAUGAAUUACAUAUAGUUUCAAAGCUGCAGGGAGCUGCCAUUGAUGUUCUGUACUGGUCGAUGAAUGUUGCCAGCACCCACCAAAGGAGGCAAGUGAAGAGGUGCAUUAGUAACACAACAUUCAAGCCAUACUGUGCCAUACUCUUCAAAACCCCCCAUUAUAAAGGACAUCUAAUUUAAUCUAAAGUUUGGUGUCACCUGGGGAACGUACAGUCAUUUUCGCCGAUGUGUCUAUCAAACUCAGUUCCUUCUUUUUCAGGAUCAGCUGCUCUAGCUUUAAUGAACUGUAGCAUGCAUGUUUGAUGGACUCACUUCCUGGUAUGAGGUUAGAGUUAUGUAUGACAACUGACUAAUUUAUAUUGUGUACUUACGCGUCCAGAAGAGUCUUGUACUCCAACACACCAGAGAUCAGGUGAGCAGCAAACCUGGGAGAGUAAAGCAGGCCAUAAUCCAAAGCAUCCAGGAGCUGCUUCAACAGUUCUGCAGGAGCCUUUGGUAUUUCUAAUUGAUCGUGGUUAAGAAGCGCCUGCGAUCACUUGGGUCGAACGUGCAGUCAUAGAUGCUGGUUAACCCUCUCACCAGAGUCCCGACCUCUUAUCCGUCUACGUAAUGACCUCAUACGUCAUGGUGUGGUGGAAGGAAGUCCAGUCAUAGUAAUUGAUAAGUUCCACCUCCAGAGGGUUUGUGUUGGUCAUCAGUUACCUAAACGCUGCUGUCUAUUGAUCAACAUCUGAAACAAAAGAUCCAGGUUAACGGCUUUUGUCUCUUGCCUCAAGGAAUCGAUGGGCGCUUUGAAGUUCUGCAGCGGGAAAACCAUGGCCGGGCUGGAGUUGACGGGCAGUGCCAGUCUGUUGUUGAGCUUGUUCUGCAGAAGCUCCCCGACUCCUCCUGGUGCUGCAAACUGCUUCACUGCUUUCUGGGUUUUGGAGAACUGCUCCUCUGUCAGCAGGUGUUUCAUGCUCCUCAGGUACAGGUCCAGUGUGUCUGCCAGGUCCGGCAGCGGAAGCUUGGGCAGGCUCUGGACAGAUAUUCAUGAAACACAUCCUAGUACACUGUUGAGAGUGUUUUGUGAAGAGGCUAGUAUUCAUGCAUUGUAGAAUAAACCCAACAGAUGUGGCACUUUUUUAACUUGAAAUAGAGAGGAAUAUUUAUCUAAUAUAUAUAUAAUAACUAGUAGACAAGUAGUCCACUCUGAUAAGUUGGAUAAAUAGUUAUCAUGAAAAUGAUAUUUACGUCUCCAUCUCCUGAACCUGUGGAGGGCUCUGUGCCGAGCAUGUUGCCGUGCAGGGAUGGCAGUCUUGAUUCCCUUAAAAUAAACACCAGUAAAAUAGUUAUAGGAAAGGUAGGUGAGCAUUUCAAGCACGCUGCUGGUUAAUGUCCAACGGUGUUAUGAAUUAAAAAACCCUGCAAGCUCCAGAAUAUAUUAUAUAAAUAUUUGCACAUUUGGUGCCUGAAAUGGCAUGAAUGCAUAUUUUAGCUGCAGUGCAUUUACACUACAUCAGGUUUGACAUUUAAGCAAAUCGACCAAUGUCAAAUAAAUAUCAAGGCGUUUUUAAAAUCAACUUUGAGUCAUUAUUCUGACAGAAGACUAGUAUGGAGGAACAAGUCAACUGUGACUCUUAGAAGAGUGACAGGCUUUUAAUGGCUGGAAAAUAUGGGUUUAAAAUGAUGAUAGUUGAUAACAGAUAAUAAGGAGAAUGAAGUGCAGUACUCACCGGAGAAGAGACUCUGGAACUUUAAUCACAAAAAGUUUCUGAGUGUAAUCCCAUUGAAUUUGACUUCCUUUCUCAUUUUGGUGUAUAAUCAAUCCUCCGCAGUUCCAGAGAAUAACUCGCCAGCUCAGGAAGGAUGUUGAGACCCCCUCCUCCUCCUCCUCCUCCUCACCCACUCCUACCCCGGGUCCCGGACAGCACCUGCGGGCUCGGGCUCUCACAGUGGCGGCGGAUCCAUGGGCGUCCUCUCCGUCUGUCUCCGGUCACCUGGAACGCAGCGAGCUAAGUCAUCAUUCCUCAUCUGCCCCGCUGCUUUUUGUCAGUCGCUGAUGGAAAACACGCUGCAGCUUGUUGACUCCCCUAGGUGCCCCCCUCCUCCCACCUUCACUGGGGGCUGUGACGCACAGUCUCCAGCACUUUUUUUAUGCUAAUUAAACGCAAACCCCCAGCGCGCACUUAUGCGUUCUCAGCCGCUGUCACACUCCAACAGGUUCACUUUUAAGGCUUGUGUUUUGGUUAAACGUCCCAGGCGACAGUCAGCACAGACAGCGCGCGUUUUUAAGCGCGACAUUUCAGCACCACACUGAGGGGACAGCUCCGCCAUGUAUUGCCGAGAAAGUUCUUCCAAAUCCACGUGAACAGAUGUUUCCUCUCUUUUUCCGAAUCAGAUCAUCGUUGCACAUGUGACAAGCGAAUACAGCUAACUGCGAUAACCGAAGUCUGUCACUUAUUUUCCACAUUUUUUGGCGUCAGGAAACGGAACAUUACGCACACAGCAAAAACAGAUUUCAUUCAGUUACUAAAGCCACUUACUAAAUUAUCAUUUAACGUUGACACAGUCACCAUAGAAGCAGGAAGAAUAGUGAUUAAAAAUAACUGUUGUUCUUUUAAAAACACAAUUUCCCAAUGCUGUCCGUGUAUUCACAUUAUUCUUUCUGUGCGCGUCAUUUUUGGGCUACAAAAUUAAAAUGUUUGACGUUACAAGUUAGAAAUAAUAAUGGACACUUUACAAUACGUUGGUUUCACGUAGUAUUGAUUAUUUGCGCAUUAGUUUCAACCAGUGAUUUGGAAACAAAAAUAAACUCAUUGAAGAAAACUGAUAAAUCUAUGAUUAAUUAUACUUUUAAUGGUUACAAUUUAUGCUCCUAUAACAUGAUAUACAUUAAUACAUUUUCAUUUAUUUUUGCUUCCAAAUGUUAAUAUAAGUUAAUAUUUUCUUUGUGUUGCCCUGAAUUAGAUCGUGCUAUAGUGAAUUUGGAAAUAGAUGGGGCAGAUCUGUAACGGCAAAUUAGUACAUUUAAAGUUUUGUUGGAUGGAUACAGAGCUUUGUACUUUAGUGCCAUUUCCUGUAAUAUAUCACACAUUAUUCAGCACCAAUAUGAAACCUGAAACGGAACACUGCUGCUCUCUAGCGGUAUAAAGAGGUUAGCGCCGUUUAGACUGGCAGAAAGUCUCGCGAGAACUGAAAAAAAAAUCCUGAAGAUGGGAAAUAGAUACGUAUUUUAAAUGUUAUAAAUUAAGACAUGUUCUGGGUUCCAUCUGUGGUGUUUAAAAAAACAAACAAACACCACUCUUCCGUCAAAUGGCAUGACUUCCAAACGUAGUUUAGACGUGUUCAUAAAGUCUCGUGUCCCAAUUGUGGCAAGCGCGGGGCUUGUUGUGGACACUCGGACCAAAAUACAGGCACAUAAAACAAAGUCGCGUCUUUAAGGAAACGUUGAAGUCACCAAACGAGUAUUAAUCCUGAUGCGUCGUUGCUUCUUUCUACCGGCAGAUGGUAUCACAUCAUCUCUAAACCCCAGGGAGCAAAUACUGGAAUUAAAAACUACAAAAACUAUCAUAAAAAUAAGUAAAAAAAAGGAAAUACGUUUUAAUCAAUGCAACCAUAUAGAGGUGUUGAAAAUGAAUACCUUAAAGUUGUGAGCCCUUUGAGGAUCCCGACAUCUUUUUAUUAUAAUAAAAACAACGCAUCAGUGCUGCAAUGUUUUCUGGUUAUGUAGUGACGUGCAAUCUAUAAAUAAAUAUCAUAUUUGUAUGGUUGGAGAAGGAGUGGAAAAGUAAAUGCUGUCGACUGAAUAAUCGUGAAUUAGAAGUGCAUUAAUAAUAUGAAGAACCUUUGCAUCAAAAUCAAACCAUACAUUAGGAGUGCUCUAUUACACACUGAUCUGUACAGUUACAGAAUAUUCAGUAUUACUUCUGAUCAAUUUGAGCAAAGCUAUGUUACACAUGGAUGUUUCCUUUGAGAGACACAUAAAUCCUUAAACCUUUGUAGUCAUGCUUCAAUACCAGACGAAACAUCCAGGAUUUCUUGGAUCAACUCACACAGAGUGAGUGGGAGAUGAUUAGAUUUUGCAAACUCGGAAAACAAGUUUUUUUUUUUUUUUUCAGGCAGCCGUGACCCUCCAGAGCUUUUGUUCGAGGGCUAAAUCAGGGCAAUGAAUGUUUGGAAUCCAUUCAAAACGAGGGCUCAACAUUUUCAGUUGUAUUUUUAGACCCACUGUUACGUCACAUUUGUAAAAGAACAGCUUUCAAUAAUCACAUUUAUUUCCCUCGCUGAACAUUUUGUAGCUGCGGAGGUUAAGCAGAGGCACGGAGGCCGGAACUAUCAGCUUUUGCUUCACCCAGGAGACUCUCUCUCCCCCUCUCUCUCAUACAUGAACUCAAAGCAUGACUCUGUGCACAGCCGCCCCCUUGUCCCUGCUCUAAAAAUAAUGUUGUCUGGGGUCUGAUCAGUCCUCGCCCCUGAACAUUUUUGUGCUGGUUUCAUAAAGCAACUCAUCUCCGAUCUAAUUGGAAACCAGGAGGUACAAGUUCACCAUGUAAUCUUGUUCGGCUGCCAAAGUAUUAAUGUCUCACCACGCAAGUAAAAUCCUGGGCGACUGGGGCCAAAUACCCAAAUACCCAGAGAUGAGGUUAUCACUAGUUGCACUAUUAUAACCUCAUUCACAAACUAGAAAGUCGGUUUUUGGUGACAAACAAAUGUAGACGCUGAAUCUUAAACCCUGUAACUGUCUUUUGUCUCAUCAAAAACAGAAAGUUAUUGAGUUCAAAAUGAUAUUUGUUUGUCACAGAUGUGCACAUAGAGGAACAUAUCAUCGUAUAAUAUAGAGCAGACUCCAUGAAAGUACAGGCAUAACUCCUAAAUCUUUCAGAUUAUUCAGUUGAAUAUGGGUGCUAUUUACAACCAACUGUAACUAAAUAUCUAAGAAUUUUAAAUAACAUUUGAUCAAAUUAAUUUACUUUAAUUUAUGUUGGGGAAAAUGUUUAACCAAACUAUAUCUAUUAAUUUAUCCAUUAUUAUUGGUGAAAAACACAAGAUUUGGGUAGCAAAUAAAGAUGUGUGGGGAUGUUAAAUAUUAUUUUAAUAAAUAAAAUGAAUUUCAGUAUAAGCAAAAUAAAACUUGCAGAUAACCCCAAUUGUUAUUAAAAAAUAAAGUAUUACUAGGCUAGAUUUAUUUAACCUGAAAUUUGGGCAAUUGUAAUUGCCUACCACUGCUGACUUGAAAACGGCCCCUGGGUUCGGCCCCUCCCUCACUUGUGCUGACCCAAGGCACCUUGAUUGAUAACCAUAAUCCAUGUGUCUGACCAGAUUAACAGCAACGUCCUCCCCAUGUGUCAAUUGUGUCCAUUUAAUCAAGCAAGUGUGCAGCUGCCACAGCAGCUCAUGUGGAUGAGAUUGCAUGUGAACAUACUACGGCGGCCGAAAUGCACAUGUGUGACCUUUAGUAGACAUUUGCUGGCAUUCAAUCUGCUCUAUAAAUAAGAGCAUGUGACCUUUGGUCACAGUUAAUCGUCUUCUCAUUGUGCCAUCACGAAUAUGAAGAACAUCGACGGAAGCUGUUGUUUAGGAGCUGUUUUGUUAGGUCAGUAUGCAGAUGGUGUCGCCAUUGCAGCAAAGAUAAAUAAAUUAAACUUAAAAAAAAAAUAAAAUUCUCGGCCAAAUACUCGGCCAUCCCACUUCUGACACCAUUAGUCCUGCAAUAGGUUCUCCAUCUUUAGCCGCCAUUAGGUUUUAUUUUAGUUCCCUGCUGUACAUUCUAUUGAAUUAAAGCAGUGACGCAAUAAUCCCACUGUAAUUCUGACUGUAAUUCAAAUGAGCUCUUGUGUUGUUGAUUUGACAGUUGUGACUGUGACCGUACCAGACAUCUGUUUGGUGUGAUGGAGGCACAUCUGACAGCCAUGAAACGUCGCAUCGACCUUUCUCCAGUUUUUAAGUUCCUGUCUGGGUCCUGCAGCGAUGUUGAGGUUGUAAAGUUCUGGUGUAAGUGCUACACUCUCACCACAAGGUCAGUGAAGCGAGAAGACACUUGGAAGCCACGUUUGACUUCAAACUUGAUGUCACUAUUCAUAGAAAUUAUGCCUUUGCAGUUGAUCGUGUGUUGCUGUAAGAAGCAGUUCAACAGCAAAUGACAACAACAUACUGUACUGUAGGUCCAUCUGGUGAAGUCAUGAUGCAUGAGCAGUUGUUACAAUACAUAUACAGGCUCCCCUGAUGUCUGAAUGUGUAAUCUGGAUCACACGUAGGGAAUGAAUUAUCUGACAGAGGUUGUGUUGGACCUCCACCCACGUGUCACCACCAGGCUAUGGUGCAACAGUCUGUUCUCCUGACGGACUGGGGUGUAUUAAUCUGCUUAACACCAAUCAGGGUGGGACCGUCUUUGUCAUCAACCACCCUGCGAUGGUGUCGACAGACUCUCUGUGGACCGUUCUUAUAGAAUCUCCAAAAAAAAAACAAUUUUAUAAGGUAAUUUAUUUAUGUGAUUUUUUUUUAUCGUUCAACACCAAUAAGAGACAAUUUCACAUAGUCAUGGACAGAAUCACAUUGAACACAGUCUUGUUCAUGAUAAACACAGUUUCUCAAAAAAAAAAAAAAAACAUACAAGAAAUGAAACAAUUGCUUUGCAAUAUGUUGAUUUCAUAACCAUAUCUUUGAUGCAACGCUUGUUUGACGUGUCAAAACUGCAAAGCUAAUUCAUUGUUCAGAUCAAAUUUUUUAGAUCAUUAACCCCAAAAACAUAAUCCUCAAAAGUGAUCAUUGUAUUUCUUUCCCAUGGAUCAAGUGAUCUUUUUAAAAUGAGCAUGUAACGGUAGAUGUGCAAAAAAAAAAAUGUACAGUCAAUUUAUUUCACGACAUGGAGCGGCAGCUAAUCCAGAGACAGGGAACUGUAACUACCAAGUUACUAUUCAUUGGAAAAGAUAUUUAUUGAUUUGAAAUGAUCCAGAAUUCAGAGUUUAGAGUUCAUCUGAUGGCAAUACUGAUCUAAAAAUGCAUGUAAAUGAAUGAUCUGAAUGUUACCGUCAUGAAAAACGUGAUUUAGACAAUCGUCCUUUCAUGUUCGCUAUAUUGAAUAUGUAACAGUAAUAAUUCUGAGUUUAUAUCAGUGUGAAAGUAAGCUGACUCUAGCGCUACUGAAUUGUUACAGAUGUGCAUAAUGGCCUCCAUAGUUUCAGCAUCAGGUGUGAUGGGACCACACGGCGCACAGUUAGCUUCUGUCAAGUGUAAACCAGGAAGUGUUGUUGCUGAUAGACAUCAUCUGAUGUUGGUAUGUUUACUGCAGACUGCAGGUGUGACCUACACAACAUAAGCAGAUGGUCAUAAUGAUACGGCUGGUCUAGGUCACAGAAGAGCAAAAGUUUGGAUGAUGACGACAUGAAAAGGCUCUUAUUCUGUGUAGCAAGUGUGUCCACUUAAUCUAUAACCUCCGACUAAUCUCUAACUUGUCGUGGGGGCUGAGAACGAAGAAUAGUGCUGUUGUUUGUGGGAUUAGUACAGUGGAGAUCAGUUGCAGCUUUAUGGAGCACGUCCAGACCCACGCACUGACCGGUCAGGAGUAACUGGACGCAAACGGGACCCGAUAUAAUUGAAUUUUCAAGGAUAAAUUGGAGCAGCUCUUUAAAUAUCGUGACAAAGAUUUGAUUUUGGAGUUGGCUAGUAUUGAGUCAUGGUUUUAGUCACAAGAUUAAAAUCCAAACACUGGCUUGACUUUAGUUUCAUUACGUUAAGGACGUCUGAUGUUAUUGACAGAAGUGCUGUGCAGUUGAGGACAGGAAAUGUCAUGCAGAAGCUUUAAAAGUCAUCCUCCUCACAUGAUACAAGCGACACAGAUCUUCACACAAAACAAUUCAGAACACACUUCAAACAUGGAGGUGCACACUCAGACAUACUUAUUGACUGCAUGUGUGAUAUUCUAGGAUAGUUUUCUCUUCUCUUCCUCACCUGAACUCCUGACUAAAAGGCAAAAAAGGUUGAGGCAAGAGGUUGGAAUCUCCCUUAGAGAAAGGGUGAGGUAUUUUGUCAUCUACCAGAGACCAGUGAGGUGCUUCAGAUUCUGACUAUAAUGUGACAUCAAACAUGCCCAAACAACUGCUUUGCUUCUAAAAACCAGAUGAAUUCUGCUGACCGACAUGAACAACAGUUAAAGGUGACUCCACAGUUUCACCACAGCUGACUGCAGACGCCACAACCAACGCUGAAGAGACAACACCGACACACACAAACACAGAGGUACCUGCAGAAAGCACCACAACAGAAUAUGAGGGUAACUUUGCAUGCUUAGUUUAUUUGGACUUGUUCUCAAUUUGAGGCACUUCAAUCUUUUCCCCAGUGAGCAACUGCCAGAUGCCUCCUCUGUAGUUCUCAUUUCCCAAACAGUACAGGAAGAAGUUGAUGGUGGGGGAGGUCUUUGCCAGGAUUGGUGCCAUCUGGAAUGAAAACAAGUGGUAAGUCCCCAAAAAUACUAUGGCACUUUUUUAGCUGGCUUUGCUAUUUUUUUUUAAAAUAAAAAUACUCAAUAUACUAGAAAAUUAUAUUUGGUAAAAUUAACGCACUAUCUGCAUGAUAUAAAUGCAUUUCAUAUUUUUAUUUGAAAAUUAUGCAUUCAGAUUUUACAGAAUUCAAAUUUAAAUUUAGUAGAUAUACCUCCAACUUUUUAAUGAAGGGACAAUUCAGAUGUAGGGCAAAAAUAUGCAAAAAAUGUUUACUUCAUCAUCUCCCUCCAAAUGUUUUGAUUAAUAAUUGUUAUAUUUUUCAAAUUUAUUGUUUGAUAUUAAUAAAUUUUCAUGCAAUAUACAGUUUCAAUACAGCAAACCCUUCAUUAACAUUUUUAUGAAUCAUUUUGGCAACAAUUACGAUUAUUAUUAUUAUUUAAAAAAACGUUUUCUGUUCCUUUCUUGUUAUAAAUCUCACCCUGAAUAUGCAACAAUUUUUCAUGCUAUUGCUGGUUCUAAAAUACUUUCAAAAAGAGUGUUUCUCUCCAUAGUUCAUCAAAGCACUUUGAUAAUAUUGGUGUCCUCACCAUCCUGAGUUUUGGUGACACCAGGGCUGCGUUCUCGACCACAGCGUAGAAAGACAGGAGUCCAUAGGGGCCCCAGCAGAGCAGCAUAGUCUUCAGAGGAGUGUUGGGGUUGAACUGCAGACAAAACGGCACAUUUAGAGCGUGUCAAUAACAGGUCCCACCUGCAACUAUGUAAUAAGUGACGUGGCUUUCCAUGUGAGGGCGAGUCACAUGUCAGGGAUAAAGUCUGCAGGAGAAACAGUUUCAGCUUCACUAAAACCACAGAACCACAGUCCAGUAAAGAGGCUGUAAUCCAGCAGUCCAUGCUGCAUGAUUCACAUCACAAACUCAUGCGAGCUAGCUAAUGCUAAAAACAUCUUUAAAGAAUCUCAAGACUUUUGAUUUCAUUUUUUUCUGACAGGGAUUCUUUUGAAUCUUAUAAAAAUCUAAUGAUUCCUAGUCUAAAUCGUGACCGAAAUGAUUUGUUCUCUGAAAGCUAUUCAGACAUUAUAGUCCAACGGCAACACUGAAUCUAAACAUUAAGAAACACAUCCUUGCUUAAACAGGUAAGAUUCAAAUGCAUGUUUCACUUACUCCAACCUUCAUCUGCUAUUUUAAUGAGGAUGUUUCUUAAAAUAUAUGUGAAAAAAGUGUGUAGCUUUUUUCACAAUUGAAUGUGUCACCCAAAUGCUCGCCGAACUUUUUGUCAUUGUUCUUUAUUAUUCUAGAGUAUAGAAUAUGACAAAAUGUAAAGAUUUAAUUGUCCUUGUCCUUUAACGCUCCAUAUUUAAAAGCAGGAUGUAUAAUUCAUAUUCACUGCUGACCAAACAGGUUUAUCAUUGAUCCAUCCUUGUGAUUAGUGGCUGUUUUUAAUGUUCUUGAUUGUGUUUAUGAUGUAUGUUUUAUUAAUAAAUGCACAGUGGGUCUGUAGCGCCGCUUUUCGAAUAGACAUAACAAGAUAUUUAUUUGGGUGCAAUGUCCUCAUUCUCCACUAGAUGUCCCAUAUCUUUACCAGCAACUGUACAGUAGAUCAAAACUCUUUUAAGAAUGAAGCCUCAAGUCUGUGAUUUUCAAGUUGGGAGCAUUUGAUUGGUUUAUUAAAUUACUCAACAGGCUGGUUUUAUCACAGCAGCUUUCUCUGCUUGUCAUGAAAGUGCCAGCCAACUCAGAUGACUGGAAGUAAUGGUCUUACGUAACAGAGACCAGGAGACUGAAUCUCAGCUGUGCUUGGCUAUUCAGCAUGCUUCAUGUCCAUACAGCAUUUUCUUUACAAAAAAAAAGAAAAACAGCACUCUGGCUACUGUAGUGAUGUGAAACAGGAGCUCACGCCUGCAGCGAUGACCUACAUAUGUGCGGGUCAGAAUACGGACCACAUGAGGAAUUUGUGCUAACACCACGCAGAGAUUACUCAGAUGUACCUAAAAAUCCCUCCGCAACUUCAAAGCAGGGACGUGGACUUUGUACUACAAGGAUUUGAGCACUGGGAAUUUAACCGGUUUAUCAGGGAGAGUGCACAUGAUUUUAGGGUAGAUUAACUGAAACAUGAGCUUUGCUAUAACCAACCGUUUUCACCAGGAUUUCGUCCCAGUGCACACACUGUUGCGCAUUUAACCACUGCUCGCUGCUCCUGCUUCCUUAAGAAGCUGCCAUCAUUUUCAAGAUUUCUUUUAAAUGAAAGGAGCACAGUUAGGCAAUUGAUGCCACAUUUUCCAAUUCAAAACUGCAUACUUUUUCGUCAUCAUGUUCCUUCAGUUUUGGUGCACAUUUGCUAUAUUCUAGAGAGAUACUGAAAAAAAAAAAUUCAGAAUAUAUCAUUUUAAUUGUUUUUAAAUCUGGAGAUUAUUAUUAUUAUUAUUGCUAUUGUUAUUAUUAUUAUUAUUGUUGUUAUUAAUAA